AUGAAGACACUGUUUGAUGAAGGUGCAAGGACAACUGCAGAGUUAGAUGAAGCUACACGUAAAUUGGCUGAAGAAGAGAUUCAGUCCUUGAAGCUCAAUCUGUACAAUAUUAGUUAUUCAGUUGACUUGGCAACACGACAAUGUGCAUGUCGCCGAUGGGAUCUUACAGGCAUACCAUGCAAACAUGCUGUAUAUGUUUUAGAUGACAACCAAGACGAUCCUGAGAAGUAUGUGGCUGAUUAUUAUCAAUCCUCUUACUUAAAGAACACAUAUGUGGAUAACAUAAAACCUGUCAAUGGUGAGCAACUUUGGACAAAAACAUGGAAACCUCCUAUUGGGAUCCCUAACAUUCGCAAGCCAAGAGGUCGACCAAAGAAACGUGACAGGAAAAAGGAACCUUUUGAAUCACUCCAAAAUGCAGGAAAAUCAACCAGACAUGGGAGGAUACCACAUUGCAGCCGAUGUGGUCAAGCUGGCCAUAUUAAGAGUGGAUGUAAAAAUGAAUUAGUUGUUGUGGAGGGACCAAAAAACAGACGUGGUAGACCUCGAAAACUUGCAUCAGUUGAGGUUCAGCCACUACGCCAACCAAAGCCAAGGAAACCUAGAGCCAAUCCAGCUGCUUCCUCUCAACCAUUACCAACCACUGCCACCAUAAUCAAUCAAACUUCUGAUGCAAUAAGUUCUCAACAGUUACAAUCCGGUCAAUCAAGUUCUACAAUUCCUACUUCAAGUGCACCACAUCCUUCAAUCUCGUCGAACAAACCAAAAGCUAAGAAGCGUGGACGGCCUUUAAAGACAAGAAAGGUGGAAAACAUUCCAAGAGGAGUUGGAACAUUUUGGAGUCCAUUCACAGGUUGGCAAGUGUUUGGCGACAAGGCGUAUGAUAUGUCUAACAAUGACCCUCAACGUCCACUUUGAAUGUUUUUGUCUUUCAAUUUCUGUUUUGGGAUUCAUAGUUUUUGUUAUCAAUUUCUGGGUUUUGGAACAAAGUCUGUCUUUUGAUGUAUGUUCCGUGAACUUCCCGUAUCUAUGAAUGAAGUUUAUUAUUUUUAAAAA